CGGGCGGAGAGUCAGUACCGCGGACAGCGACAUCCCCAGCAGCUGCAGCAGCACCGCCACCACCAGUCGCCGCCUUUUCUCCUUCCUCCACCCAAAGGUGCACGCCAUGGCCGCGGAGACUUACCUACAAGGCGUGGAGAUCUCAGCAAGCCAGUUUUUCGAGAUCUGGCGUCAUUACGACGCUGAUGGCAAUGGGUACAUGGAUGGAAAGGAGCUGCAGUGUUUUAUCCAGGAAUUGCAGCAGGCGCGAAAGAAAGCGGGCUUGGACCUGACCCCAGAAAUGAAAAAAUUUGUGGACCAGUUUGCAAGUUCUGAUGGAAAGAUAGGAAUUGUAGAGCUUGCUCAGGUAUUACCAACAGAAGAGAACUUCCUCUUAUUCUUUAGGUGCCAGCAGCUGAAAUCAAGUGAAGACUUCAUGCAGACAUGGAGAAAAUAUGAUAGUGACCAUAGUGGCUUUAUUGAUGCUGAAGAACUUAAGAGUUUUUUGAAAGACCUAUUGCAGAAAGCAAACAAGCAGAUUGAGGAUUCAAAGCUGUCAGAAUAUACAGACAUCAUGCUCAAGAUGUUUGAUGAAAACAAUGAUGGGAAACUGGAACUAACUGAAAUGGCCAGAUUACUCCCAGUACAGGAAAACUUUCUCCUUAAAUUUCAGGGUGUCAAAAUGUGUGGGAAGGAGUUUAAUAAAGCCUUUGAUACAUUUGAUUCAGAUGGGAAUGGCUACAUAGAUGAACAAGAAUUAGAUGCUUUGCUGAAAGAUCUCUGUGAAAAGAACAAAACGGAAUUAGACAUCAACCACAUUGCAACAUACAAGAAAAACAUCAUGGCCUUGUCCGACGGAGGAAAGCUUUACCGAACAGAACUUGCUCUCAUUCUCUCUGCUGACGGGAAUUAGAGCCCUCUGAUUACUUCCACUUAACUAGUGAUAUAUCUUUAAAAAACGACAACAACAACAACCCAACAACAAUAACUGUGCACUAUACGAGGGUAGGCUUUACUUUCUUUUAUAUCUUGUAAAUUUAACACUGCAUAUAGAUAAUUAGCCAGGUUAUGUGGCGCAUUCUUUUCAGCUUUGUUUCUAUACUGUUUGUAAUGUACAGUUUUUUGUAACUACAAGGUUGAUAAAGAGGAUGUCUAUGUUUGGGCCAGUCUGAUUCAUUUAAAGUAAUAAUAAAUAAUAAUAAUGAAUAAUAAUAAUAAUAAUAAUAAUAAUAAUAAUGACUCUUAAGAUGGAGAUAAGUGGGAGAUUUCAACACUCAGCUGAGACUGUUUUGGGCUUGUUAUGUACUUUGACAUUUGGGGCGGCUGCAGCAGCAAUAAUGAUCUCCAUUAAUGAAAUGGUUCUUCUCACUAUGGUGGAGAGAAACUCUGGAGUGGGGGGGAACUAAAAGUUGUCAGACUGCAACGCCCACCAGCCCCAGCCAGCAUGACUAGGCAUGAUGGGAGUUGUAGUUCAAAAACAUCUAGAGGACUACAGCUGCCUAUCCACCUUUCCAGAGCUGUCCUCCUGCUGCCUGUCGGCUCCAUCAGUGGACCAUAGGGAAAACCACUCUUAAGACGUGGAAGGGCUACUUAUAUUAUAAGCUGUCCUGGAGUGGCAAUCAUGCCCACUUUAGACUUGUCCCAUGGUACACUUGCUGAAAAGGUUGGCCCUGACUUUGGAGUUACUGGAAGCUGUAAAUAAAUUAUCAGGAAAGCAAGUCGGUAACUUGCAAACGAUGCUAGAUGCAGUGUUCAACUAGGUUGGGGGGAGAGGUCUGGGACUCCUGGCAAACAAGCAUUGAUAUUAGAGAAUGUAGCAGCGCUGUAGUUAAUUGUGUUAAUCCCCAAUGAGUUAUCAGUCUUACAGCUUUCCAUUUCCCCCUGACUUCAGAUCCCAAGGCUACAGGCACCUUGGGACACUGAGGAAUUUAACUUCAUGAGAAGCCUUUAAGCUACCUUGGUAGCCUAACAGGUACAACGAUGUCUUACUGUAUAAACUGCAAGCUUGGUAAGAAAAGUGUACAACAAAGGCAAGGCAGGCAGAAAAGGUACCACAAGCCGGCCUCUUUAUAACUUUUAAGGUUUGAUGAUUGCUGCUGUGUCAGAGAAUAUAACAAUCCAUUUUCUAAAAACUAUUUCCACUUGCAGAAUAUUAUAAUUCUAGCAAACUGCUGUUUUUACAUCAUUCUGUGUAAUCUAUAAUUAAAUUUAAUAUACUAAGACUGCUGGUGUCUAGUCUGUCUACUUCCUAUGUUCUGUUACUUUGGCAGGUGAUAAAGAAAUAACUUGCACUUUUAUACAGCUAGGAUCCACAACACGGUUAAGCAUGCAUUUUGCCCAGGUUAAUCUCAGUCGCCACAUUCUAGCCCAAACUCGUUUCCAUGAGAGAGAUAAUCGGGGAUAGCCCUUUCAUUUCAACAAGGCACGGCACCAUUCCACUGAAAUUCAUAGGACUUACUAAGUUAUGAAAAUCCUAUGCAUCUUUAUAUGAGCCCAGCUAAUUUUGUCUGUGAAUUAUCAGCACUGGAACUUAAACCACCUUUCAUUGUUUCUGGAUUAUGUCCAUUGGCUGCAAAAGGAUGGCUGAUAUCAAAGUAUUACCGCCCUGAACGUUUUGAAAAAGUGUAUCCUGUCAGAUUUCUGGACUACGUUAACAAUUGUGUAUGAGCAUUUAAAACUGUGUUACUUCUAGAACUCCCAUGUGUGCAAUGCAUUCAGUUCUUUGGUUUAAAACAUGGGCCCAAUUUUAGGAAGUAUGUUAAAGAGGUGGUGGCUGUACAUCCCAGUUAAAUCUAUGUAAUUUCUCCAGAAAUCUAGAAAUGAGAAGGAUAUGAAAUCAUGUAUAUUUGUGUUAAUUAAAUGGGGUUGUCGCUGCUUAUGAACAGGUCUGGGCUAAAUUUACUCCAUUAAAAAUGCUUACAAAGAUAUAUAUAUAUAUUUAUAUUUGAAGGGUGCUGAUUUAAUCCUUUCACCACUGGAUAGCUCAGUUGGUUAGAGUGUGGUGCUGAUAACACCAAGGUUGCAGGUUUGAUCCCCAUAUGGGACAGCUGCAUAUUCCAGCAUUGCUGGAGGGGGGGUUGGACUAGAUGAUCCUUGGGGUUCCUUCCGACUCUACGAUUCUAUGAAAGCUAGAAGUCAUUUCGCAAAGAUACAAAAUGGCCUCCAACGAGCAAGUGCCUUGUUUCAUUUCUGAAAAUAUGUACUAAAUUAGGAGUGUCUCUAGGUGAAAAAAAAGGAUUAACGCAUUAAGAGGCUUAGUUAAGUUCGGUGGCCUAUUUUGACAAUUCCGCUACAAGCCGAGUGAGCUAAUUCUUCACCUUCUCACUCACCUCUAACUUCUCUAUGCAAUGUAAAAUAUGACUGUAUUCUGAAAGAGAUACAAUGAUUUGAAUAUCUGCCUAGAGGCAUAAUUAUGAAUGGCAAAAUGAUUAAACUUAGAUUGACAAUUAAACCAUCGAUUUGUCUUUUCAUGCUCAACUGAAAAGGGGAAACCCCAUGCUGUGAAUGUGUAUGAUGCAAGACCGAUCAGAGAAGUGCUGGGCUUAACUUUUUCCCAAAUGAAAAGCAUUGGAAAUAUGAUUCCAUCUUUCUUUGAAAAGGAUAUUUUGGACCCCUCUUUCUCCCUGGGAUAUAAAAACUAUUAGGGUGCUCCCUUAUUAUGCAAAAAGCGAAGUAUUUCAAACAGACGUCAUCUUAAGAAAACACGAGAAGUCUGAACAUGGCAGAAAGUGUGCAAGACACCAAUCUUAUUUUCAUUGAUGACUCUGGUUCCUUUAAAGGAUCACGUUCUAUAAAGUUAGCCUAGGCCUCCAGAGGCUGACUCUUAUUGUGACUGUAUUAAGGCAGAAAGGAGGUGGAGAUGGGGAAGGUCUGAAUUAUCACCCCAAGUAGUUGCAACAAAAAUUAAGGGCUUCACUCUUCAAUUUGUUCUUUGCUGUACUUCAAGCACUGACCAGUGGCGGUUAGCUCGCUUGGUUGAAGUGUGGUGCUCAUAAUGCCAAGGUUGUGGGUUCGAUCCCUGUAUGGGCCAGCUGCAUAUUCCUGCCAUGCAAGUAGUUGGACUUGAUUAUCCUUGGGGUCCCUUCCAACCCCCACAAUUCUAACUCUUGGGCAGCAGAGCCUGGGGGAGCUGCUGCCAGCCAGAGCAGAUUGUUGUUGUUUAGUCAUUUAGUCGUGUGCGACUCUUUGUGACCCCAUGGACCAUAGCACACCAGGCACUCCUGUCUUCCACUGCCUCCCGCAGUUUGGUCAAACUCAUGUUCGUAGCUUCGAGAACACUGUCCAACCAUCUCGUCCUCUGUUGUCCCCUUCUCCUAGUGCCCUCCAUCUUUCCCAACAUCAGGGUCUUUUCCAGGGAGUCUUCUCUUCUCAUGAGGUGGCCAAAGUAUUGGAGCCUCAGCUUAAGGAUCAGAGCAGAUAGUAUUUGGCUUAAUGAAAGAAUAGUCUGAAAGCAGCUCAAGUGUGUUCACCCAGCUGUUGGAGCUGCCAAAUGGAAGUAGACCAGGGGUCAGCAACCUUUUUCAGCCGUGGGCUGGUCCACAGUCCCUCAGACCUUGUGGGGACGACGACUAUAUUUUGA